AAAGGACUCCGGUGAAUGAACAUUCUGCACAUGCGCAGUAGGCACAACGACGAAAACUUCCUGCAAAAUAUUGCUACCUAACAACAGACAAAGCUUGACACUGUGGAUUCAAUUGAAGACGCUUAAAUAAAAGCGUGUCUCAUUCACUCCUUCAAUGCAGGGUCCGGACACGCUUUCCAGGAGCAGAGAGUAGGCUGUGCGUGCAGACAUGUCGGGUCGCUCCGCUGCAGAGAUGGAUGACUCGCAGGAGCUGCCGACAAAGAAGGCCAAGCUUGAGAUAGACAGUGGACUGGAGAAGGAGCCAAGUGAUUUAGGUGACGAUGGGAGUCCAUCUGCUGUGUUGGGUUCUUCAGAGCAGGAAAGCUCUUACUCUGCCCUGUCCACAGCCCAACUUGAUCCAGGUGGUCAGGAGCAUUCGGACGCAGACAGAGGGACAGCACCUCGAGCAUGCGGUGACUCCAUGAACUCCUAUACACAUCCUGCCAGAGACUCAACAGCAACAUCUGAAUACACCCAACAGGUUUAUCAAGGAAGCAACCCAGAAGUGACGUCGUACACCAGCCAGGUGGCCUUUCCUCCUCUGGCCCAGUCCACUGCAUACUCGGCCUUCCUCCAGACAGGCCAGAACUACGGCCUCCCGCCCUUUGGUGCUAUGUGGCCAGGCAUUAAAACAGAGACAGGGCUGCCUGAGGCGCCCUCUGGUGGCCAGCCUGGGUUUCUCAGCUUCAGCAAUGCAUAUACCUCAACCCAGCCAGGCCAGCUGCACUACUCAUACCCAAGCCAAGGCUCAAGCUUUACAACAUCCAGUGUGUACUCCAGCAUCCCUUCAGCUACGGCUGUUACCACAACCUCCACCACAGUGGCCCACCAGGAAUUUAGCAGCUACAACUCUCUGGGACAGGGUCAGUUCUCUCAGUACUACGCUCUGCCUCCCAGCUACGUGCCGGCCGGGCUGCCCAGCAGCGAUGACCACGGCGCCGGUGUGGGAGUGGCCGGAUAUUCAGCUGUGAAGUCGGAGCAGGCCGCCUCAGCUGGACUGCCUCCCAGAGAUGCGUCCCCACCAGAGAACCUCCCAGCAGGUGCAGCCCUUCCUACCAGUGUGGCUCUCCCCGCCGGAGGCAGGGAUCAGGACGAGGUUGGACGUAGGAACUCUGUAGGCAAAGCCAAAGGGAAGGGCAGGAGGUCUGAUAGCUCCCCACCUGCUGACAGUGACCUGGAGCGCAUUUUCCUUUGGGAUCUGGAUGAGACCAUUAUUAUAUUCCACUCACUUCUCACUGGCUCCUACGCACAGAAGUUUGGCAAGGACCCAGCCACAGUGCUGAACUUGGGCUUGCAGAUGGAGGAGCUGAUCUUUGAGCUGGCAGACACCCACCUUUUCUUCAAUGACCUGGAGGAAUGUGAUCAAGUCCAUGUCGAGGAUGUUGUCUCUGAUGACAACGGACAGGACCUGAGUAACUACAACUUCUUGGCGGAUGGCUUUAAUGGUUCCAGUGGUGGAGGGGCCUCAGGAACCACCACUGGAGUCCAGGGAGGGGUGGAGUGGAUGCGGAAACUGGCCUUUCGCUACCGUCGGCUAAAAGAGAUUUACAAUAACUAUAAAGGGAAUGUUGGAGGCCUGUUGAGUCCUAUGAAGAGGGAGCUGCUUCUCCAGCUUCAGUCUGACAUCGAGAACGUUACGGACGCGUGGCUCAGCACAGCCCUCAAGUCUCUGCUGCUCAUCCAGUCCAGGUCUGAGCAGAGGGGGAAGUGUAUGAAUGUGUUGGUCACUACCACUCAGCUGGUUCCAGCUCUGGCGAAGGUGCUGCUCUACGGCCUGGGAGACGUCUUCCCCAUCGAGAACAUCUACAGUGCCACUAAAAUAGGGAAAGAGAGUUGCUUCGAGAGGAUCGUCUCUCGCUUUGGGAAGAAAGUGACUUAUGUGGUGAUAGGUGAUGGUCGAGAUGAGGAGUUUGCAGCAAAACAGCACAAUAUGCCUUUCUGGCGGAUCUCCACUCACGGCGACCUCGUGUCCCUGCACCAAGCGCUGGAACUGGACUUCUUGUAAAGGAGGCAGCAUUGAAUGUCACACGCUAAAGGGAAAAUGUAGUCGACAUCGUCCUGUCGAUUUUGUGGAGUGACAUUGUGUGAGAAAAGCCUUCACAAUCCCUCAACGACACACACUUGCAUAUUUGAAAAUCUGCCCUCACAAAGACGACUAAUGACUCAGUAUGUGUGAUGUGUGAUGGUAACGUACUGAGGUGGACUUUGGGUCGGAGCUGACUGUGAGAAACAGACUGGAUGCAUCAUUCGGCUGAGUUCGGGUUCCUCACGCCCAGCACUCCCUCCUCUACGGCAGCUAACCUCACCACGGCUGAAACUGGCACUGAUUUGGACACGGAAGGGAAGACAUCCAUUUUUUUCCCUAGUCUUUGGUCUCAUUUUCUUUUAAAGUAUCAAAGUCUCUUCUUCCUCUAAUUUGUAUGUCUCUUCUUUGGUUUUUAACAACCAAAGGGCCAUUGUUGUUUUCUGCCGUUCUCUUUACUUUUUUGUUGUUGUGGCUUUUUAUUUAGGCUCCGUGUAACUGAAAGAAUAAUAUCAAAGCAAAUUUGUUUAAAAAAAAAAAAAGUUAUUUCUUGGUUUGUUUUACACUCAUACAAAGAAAUGAAAGCAUCAAUUUGCAUAAGUUACUGCUAGUCAUCAAGUAUUAUAUCAUAAUCCCAGAACUUAACAUGAGGAACUAGAUGAGGGUUCAAAAAAAUGUAAUUUGGUCAUGACCUCCCCUCCUGACCCGACCAAACCACACCACUAGUCAGCUGUCCUGACCUCUCCACUGUGUUGCAACAGCAGACGUAUGGUCCUCUUUAGUACGUGUGAUCUGUGGUCAGUAAGUAUGUGGCGCCAGUCAUACUUCUCACAAACCUGAACCAGCCUUUCUGUAAAGUAGUAAGCAGAGUAAGCAGUAUGCACCAAACAUAAACCAAACACUGAUCAAUUUCUCAAUGACUCAGGAGUUUUCCAGUAGAGUUGGACUUCACUUUGGCAAGUAGACGAGAAGUGCAUUUCCUGCCCCAGCAGUAGUCGUUAGACAAAGCACGGGUCCAAUGAUGACUUUAGCAGCUGUGUCCCAAAUCCCAACUAAACACUAUUCUGUCGUCACGGAUCAUGGAAAGUGAAACUUAAAUCUGUCGUGGUGUGUUGGAUUUAUUUGCGCACUUUAAAAAGAUUUAAUAAGAGCUUCUUUCUUUUCACAUUUUUAUUUACAGCAAUAUGUUAUUUAUAUCAUAAUAGGCUGUAUAUUAACUUAUUCGGAGAAAACGGGUAGUUCUAUGUAAAAUAAGACAUUGAGCACCCCCACAUAGCCAAAAUUGCAUGAUCCUGUAUUAUGGUCAUAAUACGCUUUUGCGAAGAUUCGACUGUGAGAUUGGCAGUCGAAUCAGGCUCCUUCAAUCGAGGCAUCGGAUAUUCGACUACUCGGGGUCACUUAAAGGUUUGAGUAUGAUUUUAUAUCUAGUGUGAAGACCCAACAUACUAAAAAAACUGCUUGGAAUUGGUAUGUGGUUGGGAUUUGGGAUACACAGCUCGGAUGUCCAAAUUUGGUGAAUUUGAAGGAAGGGUUAAAUAUUUCUUUAUAUGGGUUGGAAAAAAAAAAAAAAGUCUCCAACUUCUCAAGCUCCAUGAACCAUUUAACAAAACUGUGAUUACCUGAACAAUGCUUUAACACAAGGCUACAGGGCUGUCCCCAGGGACCCACUGUCUCAUUAUCCGUCCAUGCUCCCGCCUCUCAACCUCUGACUCAGCUAAUACAUUGUUAGGAGGAUCAGAAUCGCUUAAGAGGUUUCAUUUUAAAGUUUCCUCUUUUCUUAGUGAAGACCGUUGUAGCAUGUCAUCACAAGAGGUGAGCAGUAUACACGAAGCAGUUGUCUAAUUUGAUAAAACCAGGUCAAAGAAAUAACUUGUUAGCCAGUAGAGUUACAUUUUGUUACUCUUACAUGUUUCUACAAAAUCAGUUGCUUUUUUUUAUUUUUUUUUAUUUGACUAAAUGUCAAAAUGAUCAUUCACCAAAAAUGAUAUGAUAUACUUUUGUUUCCAAAAACUUUACUCAACCUGUUUUCUUAGUUUUUCCCCCAAAAAAUGUUUUUGAUUGAUUUAGAUUUGUAUUAGUUUUACACAAGAGCUGCAACUACUUACUAACUACUACUAACUACUACUUACUGUCAUUAUGGAUUAAUAUGCAGACUAUUUUGAGACUUUAUUUUAGUCAUUUUUAAAGCAAAAAUGCCAAGAAUUAGCUGGUUCCAGCUUCUCAAAUUAAAGGAUUUGCGGUUUUCUUUGGCUUAUAUUAUGAUAAACUAAAUAUUUUUGGGGUUUGUUGGUCAAAACGGGCACUUUUUUUUUUUUUUACAUAAGUCAAAAUUCCCAGAACCUAAAGUGACGUCUAAAUCGCUUGUACCCAACCAACAAUCCAAAAGCCAAAAAUAUUUAAUCAAGCAAAUAUUCACAUCAAAACAAGUGAUUCUUUUGUGAUACUUUAGCUCUAAGAAAUUGCUAUUUUAAAUUGAUGCUGAAAUAGUUUGCAGACUAAUCACAAUUGCUUGUACAGCUUUGAAUUUUCAGCCACAUGACAACCCAAAACCUCUUGAAGGCGUAUUGGAGUUGAAAAAAAAACACAAAGAAUAAUGACUGUGCAAUACAUUUCUACUUUGCUCAUUAACUGUAUUUCAAGGGAUUUCUUUCAUUUUGUAGACGGUUAGAAAAGCCGCCGGGGUCGAUCGACUUCCCCCUGGUCCGUAUGAGAUUACGACUGAACAAUACUGAGCCUGAAGAAGAUUUCGUAUUUACACACACAUGCAGCUGGACCGUUAAGAAUGUGUAUUUCUGUGUAUUUUGUUUGCGUGACUGCAUAUUUAUAUUGUGCCUUUAACCAUCAUCUGUAUGCAUAAUCUAAUUAAAAUAUGUAAGAUUUUUGUUUGAUACAUUUAUCACUGCAUUGUUAUCCAAAGUGUUACGAUUUUUUUUUUUUUAUUUUAUUACUCAAUACUUUUUAAGUGUUUUGUGUUUUGUUACUAGACAUUGUUUGAUUUGAUUGCCCUGUCUGCACUGUAUUCCAAAGUCCUUCUACUAGAAAACAGUAUAUCCAUUUUGGGGAGAAACUGUUCAUGUUCAUUGUUUAAAGAAAGCAAUUUUAGUGAAGGGCUUAAGAUGGUUUACAGUUAAUUUGCUGUUAAAAUAUUUUUCAAGAAAACAUAUCUUAAUUUGGAGUGACAAUACAUUUGUGUUUUACAUAAAUUUACUCGUGAAAAUCUCACUUUAAACAACCUCUGCUUCAUAUUAGAUUUCUACUUCCUUUUGAAAAGGAGAUUGCAUUUAUUUUGUUGCUGUGAAACGCCUGGCAUCGCUUAGAGACAAUCACAAUCUAUAACACAUUGUACUUUUAAUGCAGGUCAGAUUACUAUUAAGUGAAAGGCAUGUUUGAUUGUUCAGUGUAAGUGAGCUAAAGGUAUAUGGGCUCAUCUAGCAGUCCUGGCACACAAUAGAGAGACCAUAUGCAAUCUUGGCAUUUUUUCUUGAAUGUGUUUUCAGUUUAUUUCUUUACUUUUUCUGCAUGUCGUGUCUGUUUUGAAGUAUACCAUGGAUGUUAAAUAAUGACCUUGCAAUGUUUAACGGGCUAUAUUCUUCUGUGUCCUCUUUUUCUUUCUAAUGCCAAAUACUGUUAUUUUUAAAAUGCUGUUUAGUUUUUUUCUUUUUAUGCAUUUCAUCUCAUUUUCAAGGACCUGGAAGGCCAUAUAGGGACAUGUAGAGAGCCUGAAUGUGAUCCUGUAAACUUUCACUUUCACUAUCAUAAUAAUCAAUGCCAUUUUAAUUACAAUAAUCACUAGUUCCCCCCACAGUAGCUCAACACAGUCCUGUAAGGUUUUCCUGUGUACCUGAGACACUCAAUACAGUGUAAAUAAACUUUAAAAAGUU